CUGAAGUGUGGGGUCUCUCUUCUCGCUCCCUGUUUUCAAAGUGAUUUACGUGACUUAGAUUAGACUUCCAGUAACUACAUACUUGUAAAAGUUCACCUGAUUUCCAGAGGAAGAACAUGAACUUUUCUCAGCAUAGAAAGAGCAGGACCAAAUCAGAGACUUGUCCCUCAGUGUUACCUCUGCUUUUGGUUCUUGUAGAAUUUAACUUGGAGGAUGAGAUCCAGCCUAAUGCAUUUGGUUCCCCCAGUGAGCAGAGAAAGAAGAAUCUCCCAGUUUCCCAAGUGGUACACGCCUGAGGCCUGUCUGCAGUUUAAAGAGCACUUCCAUGCACAGGUCAGGACUGCUUGUCAGCAGAGCACUGCAACAGCUGGGCUGAAAAUAUCCAAGGUGGUUGUGGUAGGAGACCUGUAUGUUGGGAAGACCAGUCUUAUCAACAGAUUUUGUAAAGAUAAUUUUGACCGAGACUACAAGGCAACCAUUGGAGUAGAUUUUGAGAUUGAACGUUUUGAGAUAAUUGGAAUGCCAUAUAACCUCCAGAUAUGGGACACAGCAGGUCAGGAGAAGUUCAAGUGCAUUGCAUCUGCUUACUACCGAGGAGCACAGGUUAUAAUAACUGUGUUUGAUCUGGCUGAUAUCCAAACUUUGGAUCACACCAAACAGUGGCUAGAAGAUGCAUUGAGGGAGAAUGAGCCAGAUUCCAGCUUCAUCUUUCUGGUUGGAACAAAAAAAGAUUUGGUGUCAGAUGCUGUGUGUGAAAGGACAGAGCUGGAUGCCAUCCGUUUUGCCAAGGAGAUGCAGGCAGAAUAUUGGUCAGUCUCAGCCAAAACAGGAGAAAAUGUCAAAGAAUUCUUUUUCCGAGUUGCUGCCUUGGCCUUUGAACAGUCCAUGAUAAAGGAGCUGGAGAACAUUCCUGGGCACAGGCCCCAGAUUGGGGCAGGAAAUCUCAUCAAACUAGAGAAGAACAUUAUAGAAGGUCCAAAAGACAACACUCAAGUCAGCCUGAAUUGCUGCUAGCUGUCAAGUGCUUCUGCAAGUGCCACACUUCUCUGCACCAAAGCUCUCAAACCAGAAACAGAGAGCUUUAAUUUUAGAAAUGAGGGAGGAAAAACUUACCCAAAUUUCUUGCUGUGAGUUCCCUUGCUGCUGCAGGCUUCCUGUGCAGGGUGGUACAAUUGUUAUGUAAACCUUUCUCUGUGUAGUUGAAGCAUAGCAUCCUUGUCUUAACGCAAGAAGACAUUGCCAGUGCCAUGGGCUCACCUGUCUGCCAGAAAGGCUUGUAGUCAAAAAUGAUGUCAUUUUAGUGUGUUGUUUUUUGAUAAUUCUCUAGAAAUCUUAGCUAGUGAAGUGGCAUUCUUGUGGGAGCAGGAAACAAGUGGCAGCUCAGAAUGAAGGGUGCUAUCAAUAUGGUUUUGCCUUUUAAAAUCAUCAUGUAAAAUAAAUUUGAUUUGCUUUUAUGCAUUACAAGUAUUUUAAAACUCUUUGAAAAUAAAUAUUUUUAAGUAUCAGGACUAGAAAUACACAAAUGCAGACUGCAUAGUUUCCACUGUGGUUUCUCCAUCCAGGAAAAAUGUGUAUUACUUUUCACUUUCCACUUGAGAAUCAGAGCCCAGUGUUAAAUAUUUCCAAGCCUAAAAGAAGUCCAGGUAGGAACUUGGUUAUUUUAGAACAGCUGUCUAAUAUUUUGAAAAUGUUGCCAGAUAAGAAUGCUAUUCUUUUCCAUUGUCUUAAAUAAGAAAAAGACAGGUGCAUAAUAUGGAAAAUGUAUUAUUUCUCUCUAAUUUUUCCAAUAGCUCUCUGAACUCUAAUAUUCUGUUGUAUCUCUGAAUUCCAUGCUUCUAGCAUUCAUAUCCAGAAUG